CAUGUCAAAGGUUUCUAUCAUUACUGGAAUAAGUGGUCAAGAUGGUUCUUACCUGGCUGAAAUCCUUCUGGAAAAAAGCUACGAGAUUCACGGAAUCAUAUGUUGUUCUAGUUCAUUCAAUACCGGCAGAAUAACUCAUUUGUACGAAGAUCAUAGAAUCCAUCAGGAAGGGAAGAUGAAGUUGCAUUAUGGUGAUUUGACUGAUACUUCCUGCUUGAUGAGAUUAAUUAACGAAAUUCAACCAGACGAAAUCUAUAAUCUUGGAGCUCAAAGUCAUGUUAAAGUAUCCUUUGAUGUAGCCGAAUACACAUCAGAUGUUGAUGGUAUGGGUGUACUUCGUGUUUUUGAAGCGACUAGAGCAUUUAGAGAAAUUCCACAAAAUGAAGAGACACCAUUCUAUCCAAGAUCUCCAUUCGGAAUUGCCAAACAAUUUGCGUUUUGGACAGUCAUAAACAACAGAGAAGCUUACGGAAUAUUUGCUUCGAAUGGUGUACUAUUCAAUCACGAAUCACCUAGAAGAGGUGAAACAUUCAUUACGAGAAAAAUAACAAGGGCAGUAUCGAAAAUUCACUUGGGGCUGAUGGAGUCAUUUUCGUUAGGCAAUUUAAACGCAAAACGUGAUUGGGGUCAUGCAAAAGGAUUACGAAUAGUUCAUAAUGUUAGAGAAUUUGUCGAAGCAGCAUUCAAGUACAUUGGAAAAUCUAUUGAGUGGUCAGGUGAGGGCGUUGAUGAGGUUGGAAGAGAAAAGGAGACUGGUAUUGUAAGAAUUCGUGUAGAUCCAAAAUAUUAUAGGCCAACUGAAGUUGAAUUUCUUCAAGGCGAUUCAACAAAAGCAAGAAAACAUUUGAAUUGGCAACCAAAAUUCGAUUUUCAAGAUCUGGUUGAAGAUAUGAUGAAAAGUGAUCUGAAACUUAUAAAAGAAAAUCCUGCAGCUUGAAGUCUCCUUUAGCUCUAUCAUUUCUUCAAGAAAAUCUUUACGAACUUUUCAAAAUUCUUCUAUGAAACAUUUCCAUUUGGAACAGAAUAGGCAAAUCAUUGUCUAUGUCUGUUCUUCGCUUAUCCUAUCAUUCAGGUGUCAACCCUGGGGUUUAGUUUUUUGUCAAUAGUGUCUACUCUCUAUUUUGUACUCUUUCGGAUAAGAAUUGGUCUAUUCAAUACAAAUUGUUCUUAUGAAAUAUGAAAAUAAAUGGCGCCAUCUAAAAGAAAUUUUCAUAAUUUCUAAAUCUAAGAAGAUAGGAGAUGUAGAUUGUUCUUUCUAUCUAUCCAACAAUCAGGUAAUAAUUUGGAAUGAUAAAUUCAUCAUUAAAUGUAAAUUUCAAGAAGAUAUGGGUUGUAUACUCUAGUCAUACCUAGUCAAAUUGGAAUUCAGUACAAGAAUUCACAUUCAUAGAUGGAGAUUUACAGAAGAAUGAUAAACUAUUCAAUUUGUUUGAAUUCAAUUUUAUAAGAGAAGUUGUAGGGUUGUAAGUCUAACCAAAAAGAGAAAAGAGAGAGGAAAAAUGAAAUUCUUUCUACUACCGAAAUAGGCAAACACAGGCUAAAACUUGGAACUACUAGUAAUAAGUAUUAGUAUCAUCUCCAAAUUUUACAUUUAUACUUUUAAAAUCAGAUUUUACAACUAUGUGUCCUUGAAUAGCACUUCUGCAAGUUGGACAUUUAAAUUUUGGCAGAUUCUGCAGACACUUUUCACAGCAGACAAGAUGAUUACAAGGCAUCAGUAAUAUAUUAGCCAAAUUAUUAAAUCUAAAAGGGAUUACUCAAUGUUUUACAUAAGCAAAGAGCGAUAGGUAUUGCUUAUAUUCACAAGAGAAAUAAGUCAGACAGCUAAUUCUACCAUUUGGUACGUUUCCAUUCAAAAUGCAAACUUUGUCAACAGUAUCUACUUUUUCUAAGUCAUAGGUCCACCUAGUUAAUCAAUUUCUGUCUCGUUUAUUUAAAUAUACCAAAAAAC